UAAAACAUCAAGAAAAUCAAUAUCGUUCAACGCAAUGACAUAUUAUGUCAUUGGUUCAACGCUAUACAUUACAACCCAUCAUAGGGAUGGAAAACUCUUUAGGUCUGGUCUGAGGUUUCAUGAAUUAUGAAAAUUUGUUAGAGAGGCACAAACAAGAAAAGCUAGAAUUACAAAAAAAUUUCCAAAAGUUAAAGCACACUGUGCCUCAGAAUGAGAAAAAAAGGCGGAAAGAAAUUUUGAUUGAGAUAUCUAAAUUAGAAAAUGAAUUGAAAAUUAAGCAUGAAAAUGAAUUAGAGGCAGCAAAUUUAAUUCCAAUGCAGUUACAACAGAAUAAAACAUUAGCAGUGGAGGAUAAAAAUCCUUUGGAGAUUAAUGUAAACAAAUUGGAAUUAAAUAACCAUAUAUCUAGGGCGCAGAGGAGAAAAAAUAAAAAGACUUGUGCAGAAGACGAAAAAAAGAAACAAUUGUUAAGUGAAUCUAAAUCUGAAAAUAUAAUUGAAAUAGAGACCUUAAAGAACCAUGAAGAUAUUGGGAUAAAAGAUAAGCUAAAAUAUAUGAAUGCACAAAUAUAUGAAGUUCCAGCAAAUGGAGAUUGUUUAUACCAUUCCAUUUCCCACCAACUUGCACUCAUUAAAGAUAUUUACCCUCAAAAUAUAACUUUUGAUAUCAAAGGCCUAAGAUUACAAACUUCUGAUUAUAUGAAACUCAAUUUUUCCCAGUUUAUACCCUUCAUGAGUGAUGAUUUAUCUAAUCAAAAUCAAUAUGUAAAAUAUUGUGAUGAUAUAGCCCAAACAAAUUGUUGGGGUGGCCAUUUAGAGAUACAAGCGUUGUCCCAAGUUCUUCAACAUCCUAUACACGUGAUUCAAUCUAAUGCCCCAAACAUAAUCAUGGGCGAAGAAUUCGAGGAUACCAAACCACCCUUAUAUAUUUCCUAUCACCGAUAUCUAUACACCCUCGGCGAACAUUAUAAUUCGGUCUGUAUCAACAAAUAAUGCACGAUACGUUAGUGAUGAAGAGUAUCUCUAAAUUAUUGGAUGAUUAUGAAUAACUUAUAUUUUUUAAACAUCAAUGUGUAUUUAUUUUGUUAAUGCUAACUUAAUGAUUGAAAAAUGUACAAUAAAUUCAAUUUAUUUGUUUUUUAUAUAAAACUCAAAAUAAUUUGUAAGAUUCAAAUA